CUUUUCUUUUCUUUUCUUUUUAAAAAAAAAACUCUUUAAAACAUGCCUUUACAAGAAAAGAAUUCUCGGCCAGAUAGAUCUGAAAUCCAAGUUUCAUUGAAUUCUAUUUCAUGGCCUAUUCUAUUAGCAGUUAUUCCAACUCUUGGUGCAUUUGUCGUAGGAAAUGCCGAAGACUGGGGUGACUUUAUUUUGAUACUUUUAAUAUUGUAUUAUGUCUAUAAAUGGAUUACAGUGCCAUGGACGUACUAUGAAAGUGCAAGAUCUCGCCGAAUAAGCCAAGCGAACAAAACCGAGUUGGAACAAGAGCUCCGAAAGCAUGAGCUCAUGGGACUUGCUUGGGUUAUUCUGUCACCACUGAUGGCAGGCUACACACUCUAUUACAGUCGACGCUUCCUUAACAAUCAUGACAAGUACAUGAGUUCAUUUAAUAUUACCGUUUUUGUCUUAGCCGCCAGUGUGAAACCACUGGUCCAUGUUAUGGCGCUAUUGAGAGAGCGGACGUUGUUCUUACAGAAUGAGGUGUCAAUCAAUGAAAGCGAACUGGACAGACUACAAAAGAAAUUGGAUAUCAUGGAAGAGGAGCUGUAUGAUCUAAGAAGAGCGUUUGCUACCAAAAAGGAUUUAGGACAAGUAACAAAUGGUAUUGCACCAAAUAUCCAACAAUUAGCAAAAGCUAUGAAACGCAUUGAAAAGAGAGAUUUAGAGUUUCGUCUAUGGUCAGAGGAAAAGAUUAUGGCCAUUGAUAAAAAAGUACAAGACAUUGAUCAGUACAUUUGCUAUACACUUGAACAAAGACCAAGACGAUUCAUCAUGACCUGCAUGUUCUUUCCUCUAAAUCUUACAUUUUGGGCAAUGAAACGAAUGACCAACUUGUUGCCCAAGACAUUCUUGCUGACUUUUUCUUCUUCUGAUGAAGUCAAUACGAAAUCAUCUAAAAAGCAUCUUCGUAUGUAAUCAUCAUACAAUAAUAUACCCUUUUUAUUUCUGACAAUAAAAAACAAAUAAGGAAACAGUGUAUCACUAUGCCAA